AAUACAAAAGCACAAAUAUAGGGAAUCCAGGGAAAUUUUCUACAACGAUCUUAUUCUUUUCCUAUUAUGACAUAUGAGGCGACAAUGCAAUCCCCACCACUAUGAAACAAAUUAUAUAUAGCUCUUAAAGGUGGCUCAGUUUCCACACGGCCAAGUUCAAAAACUCUUCAUCAUAUAAAUGUUCUAGGUAAUCAUGGACCUAAUCACAGGCAUGAUUACUGAAAAACCUGUGGUGAUCUUUAGCAAGAGCAGAUGUUGCUUGAGCCACUCCAUCACCUCACUGAUUCGUAGCUUUGGGGCAAACCCUACUGUCUAUGAGCUUGAUGAAAUGACAAAUGGACAGCAGAUAGAAAGGGAACUGCUUCAAAUGGGGUGCCAGCCAAGUGUACCAACUGUGUUUAUAGGACAACAAUUCAUUGGUGGGUCUAAGAGAGUCAUGAGCCUGCAUCUUAGGAAUGAGUUGGUACCACUGCUCAUAAAUGCUAGGGCUAUAUGGAUUUGAAGCAAAAGUUGUUUCUAUAGUAUAUUAUAACUACCAAACAAGAACAGUGAAAUGUCAACUGAAUAAAGAUUUCGAAGUCUGGCUAGCUGGUUAUACAAGCCUAGUUCACAUUUGGGCAUUUCUAUAUAUAGUUCUGAUCUGAUUAAAAUAAA